AUUAUUUGAUAUCAAAAUGUAUAAAUACAAACACUUCUCGUAUUUCUUACAUAGUAAUAUUUUACUACGAUCAACUUCACUCCGAACGACUUUACAAACUUUUUCAAGAUGGUGUUCAAAUUCGUUUUUUGCGUUUUGCUUGCAAUUCAGCUAAUCAAUGCAGCUGAAGUCAAAUCGUAUGACAAUAAAGAUACUCUGGUUGAACUUGAAGAGAGAAUUAUGCACAUUGGAUCCACGAGUGUAAGAAAAGGCGAAGACUUCAAAAUUUCUUUCCAUGCCGAUAUUGGCGAAAUUCGAGAAAUUGGCGUGCUAGUCGGUGGAAAUGCCCUGCAAUCUUACGAAAUUUAUAAAAAUAAAACUAUCAAUGACAAUGGCGAAUGGGCACGUGAAUGUUUCGAUACUCCGCAAAUUCUACGCGACCUGAAGUCAUCAGGAAAAGAACUCCUGAAUGAUUUCGAGAGGUGUAUUGCUAAUGCAACUUAUCAAGUUGAUAGCAUUGCUUUCCAAGGCAUCAAGAUUAAUCAGGCUGCUCACGACCAAGUUAACCAUUGGGAUGAUGAAUAUUAUAAAUGUGGUGAUGAUGUCAAAUGUCAAGAUGGCGUUCUGGAUACACUCAAAGGUCUGGCAGAGAAAGUCAGUGGGGAAUUGAGUCAACUCGAAGCAGAUAUUCAAUAUUUUAAUAAUCAGGGCAGUGAAGGAAUGGAAGAAUGUGAAGUGAACGCUUUUAAUGAUUUGGGCGAAACUUUUACGGGUAUUCAGGAUGCUGUGGAGGCCUGUUUAUCUGCACAUCAGUAAUUGAUUGAUUAAAUUGAUUAAUAAAUGAUUACUAAAUGAA